AUGUUGGUGGUGCCGCUGCCAACGCCCACGGAGCCAACGGAGCUCCCCCGAAGGCCUACAGGCACCGACUUGAAUGGUGGAGUGCGCCGAAAAUUCACGCGCAGCAGCACGGUCGGCGAUACGCACACCGCCGCUGAGGCAGCACGACAUCCGCCUGCCAAGCUGGAGUACAAUGUCCCCCCACCUACCAAGAUUCCUGCGUAUGCCACCAUGUCAGAGCAUGUCGAGCACGAUCUAGGUCGGUUAUAUCAAUCCAUGCAGCAAGCCCGUCGGAUUGCCGUUGUAUGCGGCGCUGGUAUUUCUGUCUCGUCGCCUGCCAACAUCCCUGACUUUCGCUCAGCUACAGGCCUGUUCACGCAACUGAAAGAAAGAUUUCCGCAGGCUGGUCUUUCUAGUGGAAAAGAUCUUUUCGAUGCACGACUAUUCCAGUCGGAAAGUUCGACCUCGCUCUUUUAUUCCAUGAUCGCAGAGCUUAAAGAGCUAGCAGACGCAGCGCAGCCUACCUUUUUCCACCAUAUGCUUAAGAGGCUAGACAAGGAAGGACGACUUCAGCGUGUAUAUACCCAAAACAUUGAUGGGCUCGAAGAAAAGGCGGGCCUUACAUUCGGCACAGGCACGUCGUUGGACGAGCUGAGUGCCUCCAAACGCAAACGUGCUGCAUCGCAACGUGACUUUAAGCGCUCGCAAUCGGAUUCGGCCGUCCUGAGCUCCAUGCACACAGAACCGAGUAUGUCGAAAAAGCCUCUCUUUCCUCGUGCUAUUCCUCUGCAUGGCAGCUUGUCGUCCUUGUCAUGUAUGUUGUGCUCUCAUACGAUGUCGCUGUCCGCAGAGAAGAACGAAAAGGCCAAAGAGGCUUUGGCGCAAUUGCGAGCUGGUCAGCCAGUAUGGUGUGAGCGAUGUGAGGCGGCUGACAAUCUCCGCACCGAGGCCGGUCUUCGUUCACGAGGGAUUGGACGCAUGAAAGUGGAUGUGGUGUUGUACCAUGGUGAAAACGAUUCUGCAGAGCAAGUGGGCGCGUGUGUAGAGCGCGAUCUGCUGGGUCUGCGGGAUCCAAACGAACCUGUUGUCCCAGAGACCCCAGCCGAGGCGCGAGCGAGAGAGCGACGAGAAUCACAGGCUUCCUUCUCUACGAUGCCAGCAGUAAAGGAAGAGAAGGAUGAAGAGGUUGGUGACUUAUCGAUGAACGCCGGCGAUAUGGGAGCUGAUGAUGUAUUGGCGGGCGCGUUUGAUGAUGAUGGCCCUGCCGAUGUUGUGGAAAAAGGAUCUGAGCCUGAACCCACUGUGCCGCCCAAGCCACGUCGCUUAAAACCCAUGCCGCCUGACCUUUUGAUUGUGGCCGGUACGAGUCUCAAGGUGCCUGGCACGAAACGCAUUGUGCGUGAGUUUGCCAAAGCAUGCCGUGCUCGUGAUCAGCGACGCAGUGCGUCGGCGAAAGAGGCCGCGCCAGUGCGUGUGGUGUACCUGAACUACGACUUCCCUUCUGCGGCGAGUGAGUGGGCUGGCACUUUCGAUAUGUGGAUUCGAGGUGAUGUCCAGCAAGCAGCGUUGGGACUCUGUGAGCCACGUCAUACCACCACGACCCACGAUCCGCUGGUGGAGUCGAUGAUUGGGCGCCAUACGUGGCAUCCAUACGCGUGUGCGUACGAGGAGGCCCAGAAGACGAAGGGGACCGAGAAACGUGUUCGUUCGCGGGCACGAGGGCGCAGUCACACUGCAGCUACGACUACGGCUACGACAACGACGAAACCGACCACGGCGCCCUUGCGUGCAUCGAACAAGUUGCCUAUGGUAUCAACCAAACUGAGUACCGCCAAGACGCGGCGAGUCCUCGGCAAAGGCACGCCCAAACCUGAGCCCCACGAGGGCCUGCCGCACCAUGUGUAG